UGAAGGAGUUCAUUUGCAGUCAUGAGUUUUGCUUUUCGAGGGAGUAGGGGUGAUAUCGAAAGCGGGUUUUCGGAAUAUGUUCCUGAAAGAACCUCAAUGUUAUUUUGAUAUUCAUGAUAUUAAACUCCCCUCAGAUGUCGCAUUAUUUUCUGCUCUGGGUAAUACUGGCUGUCUUCGUGAUGGCUACAGGUCUGAGAAUGUAUGCAACAUGUCAACAACUUCAAGCACAAGCUCGGGCUCAUGCUGCAGCAGCCUCUGGGUUGCUUGGUCAUGCUGAAUUACAUUUUCAAAUGCCACCAUCUAUUUCAAUUGCAACUAGAGGGAGAUUGCAGGGACUUAGACUUCAGCUUGCACUUCUUGACCGAGAAUUCGACGAGCUAGAUUAUGACACUUUGAGAGCUCUGGACUCUGAUACUGCUUCUAGUACUCCUUCAAUGACUGAGGAAGAGAUAAAUGCCUUGCCUGUUCACAAGUAUAAAGUUCCACGCCCAACAAAAGAUGGCUCCACCGGUUUAACAUCCUCUUCAGAAGCAGCUGAGAUUAAACAAGACUCCAAAGGAGCCGAGAGAAGUGUCAAAGGUUCAGAAGAUGAGCUGAUAUGUACUGUUUGCUUGGACCAAGUUAAGAAAGGGGAGCUUGUGCGAAGCUUGCCGUGCUUGCAUCAGUUUCAUGCCAACUGCAUCGAUCCAUGGCUUCGGCAACAAGGAACAUGUCCCGUGUGCAAAUUUAGGAUGGGGUCAGGAAGGCAGGGAAACACCGAUAGCGAGUCUGGUGAUUCAGAUAUUUUGUAAUAUUAUUCUGAUAUGGCUGUAAAGUGCGCGAUGCUCUGGAAUAUUCAAGAAUGUAAUCCAUUUAAGUAAUGAAGGUACAAAUUCUUCAAUGGAUGAUACACUAUGAGUCUGAUGAAUGUGAUCAUUUUAUUUUGUAAUAUUGUUAUUAGUUGCAGUGUAAUCUAAUCAUACAAAUGUGUAAAUACUAAGUAUAUCAUACAAGGUGUCCAAUAAGUCUUUCACUCUUGCCCUCUAUUUUGCGUUCAAAGAAAUAAAUAUAGUUUCUUGGCACAGCCUAGAAUUAAACUUCUAGACGCACUUAAUACACACCAAAAUAUUUCGUAAGCGAGUCAUCCCAAUUUUGCCGAUGCUUAGAGACUAUAGAGACGAAGAGUAAAUCCCGCAACACCAAUGCUUAGAUGUUUGAGCCAUGAAGAGUAAAUAAACACCGUGACCGAAGCACAUAGGAGGAAGGAAGAUCACUAGCCCACCAUGACCCAAGACAACAAGAAAUAUAUA